GUCCACUUUCCUAUGUAAAUGAUAUGAUUACGGCUCAGAGAAGAGCCGACUUGGAUGUUUAUGUCAAAGAAUUGUUGAAUCUGCCUUCCUACAUUUUGGAAGAUCCUUUGUUAAAUCAACUGUUUGGAAUGAAAGAAGGUGAUGUCGAAACGCCCACGGAUCCCAGACAGCCUGGAGUCUCGCCGAUUUUAGAUGGAUCUCCGGUUGAUCCAUCGUUUAAUUCAACAAUGUCAUUUCAACCUCAACACAUGAAGCAGCAGUCAUCACUGAGUGGAACGUAUAAGCACAGCAAUAAUCCCUCUUUAUCGGGACAAUCUUACAAGUCGUCUCACGUUCACGACGAAUCCUCCGGUCAUUCCAGUGUCACCUCGCCGAUGAACGCACCUAACACCUCGUCCACCAUUCCGAGUAGCAUAAAGGUCAAGAUCUUUUACAAAGACGACCUUAUUGCUAUCCGUAUUGCCUCAAACAUUUCCUACGCACAGCUUCGAGAAAAAUUAUACGAACGCCUCGGAGGGCAUGUGACGAAUCUGAAGUAUCGGGAUGACAAUACCAUGGAGCUCCUUGCACUCAACGAUGAUAACGACUUAAGUUACGCAAUAGCUACUUGUCCAAAAUUAUUAAUUUACGCGGAGUAA